AUGCGUUGGUGGAUUCAUGAACCAAUUUUCCACUUGAAUGACCUCUGUGUUGUCUCCUUCGGCCCAAAAUUAGAUAAAAGACCAUGUUGGGCUGGUUCCAGGGUCAAGACGCAUGCAGUAGCCUCAGCCUCUCUCACUGUGAGUGUUGAGGGAAGCUUCGCCGAAUCUCGAAUCAGCGCCCCAGCGCCCCAGCGCCACCUUCUUCCCCAACUGAAACGUCUGCAUCAAACCGGAAAAGCCAAUAAUGCCCCUUUGGUUGUCUUUGUUACCGGCGGAUAUAUCGGUAUCCGCUAUCUCGUCCACCGUGGCCGCCGCCGCCGCCACGGUCACUGCCGCAAUCUUCUUCUUAAUCUGCAAGUCUCACCUCUGCUCCCAUCAAGAACAACCGAAACGCAAUCCACGUGGCAAGAUCCUGUUCGUUCGCGACUCAAAUUUUCAACUGCAGAAGCCCUAGCGGAGCGCCUCCGCAAUUUGUUAGAGUCGAAAGGCCUCGUUUUGGAGGUCAUAGAUGCUCGGAAUUAUGAUCCCGAAGACCUACCCAAGGAGAACCUCAUCCUUCUCGUUGAUUCAACUUCGGAUUUUUGGUACCAACCUCCCGAACCACCUCAACUACUGGCCUUAGACGACAGCAAAGGAGCAAAGAACUUCGCCAGGUGGCUCGUGCGUAACGCGGAGAGCUUUGGGAUGGGAGCCGUUGUUGUGAAGGCUUGCAAUUUCACUGCAUUUGUCGUGGGGAAAAGGGAUGGUAAGAAUUUAAUGGCUAAGGCCGCCAAUCAUUUUAGGUAUGUUGAAUACGAUUACCAUUUUAAAGAGUGGUGGGGAAGUGUUGUUGCGACGGUUUCAGGAGAUACGGUUGAUAAUGGCAUGUGCGGGGAAUCUGAACCUGAGGAUGAUGUUGGUUGUUCUGAUCCAAAAAGCAUAUAUAUGUUGGUGGAAAAUGUGGAUGUAGUAGAUAGAAAAAGAACCUUCAGGCGCAGGAUGUUAACUAUCACUGAGGCCAACUUUAUCAAGCAUGGAAGUGUUGAUCUUGAAGAUGGAGGUCCUGUGACUGCCCAAUGGCCUGUUGGAGAUGAUCUAAUAAUGGAUUCCAACUUACCAACUUUUCAAGGAUUUUGUUCCCUUGGUGGCAGCUUGUUCAUUGCUGGUGGUAUCAUGUGUAACAAUGGAUCAAAAUUUGAAUUUGAGCUAAAAUUGGAACAUUUUUUCCCUGCAAAAAUGUGGUGCCUCAAGUAUGACGGUUCGACCUGGAUUUGGAGUUUAUGCGGAAGCAUGAUCAACUACCGAAUGAAUCCCAUAGUAGUCCCAUACCAUCGCAACUUGUACAUCUUUGGGGGUGAUAAUAAAGAUUGGGUUGAAAUCUACAAUCCACAAUCAGAUUUAUGGGAAAAAAGGGAAGUGCCUAGGGAAGCGCCCCAUGUGAACUUUUGGUCGAGUUCUAAAUCUUAUUUUUUGUGGGAGGACAGAACAAAGCCUCGUAAGAAAACCCUCAUUAUGCUUUAUGUUUAUUAUGGUAAGUAUCAGGAGCUCAUCUCAUAUGACAUCGAGGCCAACCUUUGGAGAUCCCCUCACUGCGAUUUACCGCCAAUUCGUGAUUCUUGUCCUAGGAAACUAAUUCGUUUGGCAUGCAGUAAUUAUCUCCUCAUUGUUGACUCUGCCGCUAUGUGGUACAUUUAUGACUUUUCUGAGAAGAAACUCAUGGCAGAUGUGCACGUGAAUGGAUUGGAAAAGCUGACUGGACGGGUGUCGUAUGUUUUUUGUUGCCACUACACCAGCGAGGAAAGUCUGAUUUAUGUCUUCAUGGAACCAGAUGAAAAGGUUGUUGAGGAAUAUGGUGGUGAUCCUGACUUUGUUCCUUAUGCUAGAGUCAAGCUCCAAACAAGUGGUAAUUUUUCUACCAAGGUUGAAUCCAAGGGUAAUCUUAAAGUUGGUCCCUAUAGCAAACUCUAUAUGUUUGCUGUUGGAGACCAAGACAUUGAAUUAAAGGGAGGAUUGUAGCUUAGUUUUGUGCAUCAUACUGGUGUGGUGGACAUUAUAUUAAUAGGAAUAUGUUUUCUUGAACAGAGAAAUCCCUUUAUAUUCAUUGUAGCUUAGGUUUGUGCAGGGAUCUUCAUUCUGGACUGGUGAGUUUGUUGCAUUGGAAUGGAAGAGGGAAGAUAUAGGUGGGGUUGGAGUUGGAUGUUAUUAAGCCUUGUCCUUUGGAUGCUCUUUGGGCACCCUAUGAUGAACACUACUUUUUUUUUUUUCUUUGGAUUAUUGACUAUGAACAAAUUUCUCUUUGUUUGAUCG